UGAAUGACAUAAGACAUUUGUCAGAUAUCCAGCCCGAAGCCUGUGUCUGUCUGUGAUUAGUAAAAAUAAAUUAAAGCUGAUAUAAUUAUAAUGGGAUAAUUUAGUAUUGAAUAAAAUUUUCAAUUGUUUAAACCUGUGAGUGUAAUCUUAAAUUAAAGAAAUUUAUUUACGUAAUGGAGAUGGAGACGAUUGGAGACCAAGCUACUCAUAUAGAACUUGAUGAACCGCCGAAAUUUGGGUUAAAGCUUGCCCUGAAUCAUGAAUUCCCGCUGCGAAGUAAACAACACAUUAUACCGCGACCGAAACAAAUAUUUGACAUGAUGCCCUUGACUGCAAGAUACGUCAAGUAUUAUUUGGGCAAAAGAAUUAAUAAGAAGCGUCCAAUAAUGGAUUAUGUCAAUAUGAUUUCUGCACAACGAAUGUAUGGUUGUCCAAUUGGUGGUAUUGGGGGAGGCACUAUAGGCAGAGGUUUUAAAGGGGAAUUUUGCCGUCUGCAACUCUACCCUGGCAUAUAUGAGUAUCUCACCAUACCUGAGUGUCAAUUUAUUGUCAACAUCAGAAAUGAGAAAAAGGAAACUAUUUUUCAGUCUGUCUUGUCAACUUAUAGCAAACCAAAAAAAGCACCAGCGGCCUGGGAAUGGAACCUGAAUGGUGCUGAUUGUGAAUACACAGCCUUGUACCCUAGAGCAUGGACAACUUAUGAUUUGUCUAAAUAUGGUGUUAAGCUAGUGUGUCGCCAAAUUUCGCCUGUCAUACCUCAUAAUUAUAAGGAUAGCAGUUUGCCUUGUGCUGUAUUUGUAUUUACAGCUAAAAACAUAAGCAACGAACAUAGAGAUGUGAGCAUUACACUCACAUGGACUGAGGUGCUUGGAGGGUCCAACAAAAAGAAGUCCAUUGCAAAAUUAGAUUUAGAAAGAUAUUCUGAAGACUUUACCUGUGGUGUAACAUUGGAGCAGAAAAUAGCCGAGACACCAUGCACGUUUACCAUAGCCAAAAUGAAACAGCAGAAUGAAACAAUCCACGAAGCUUAUUGUCUAUGGAAUGCAUCGAAGACGUCCAAUUAUGUAUGGGAGUGCCUCAAGAAAAACGGUAAACUAUCGCCUGAUCCCAGCCUCACGCCGCCUCCGCCAAAAGUGCCAGACAAAGAUAGCAAGAAAAAGGAAGAAAAGGAAAAACAGAAAAAGCUGUAUAAAUGUGAUUCUAUAGCACUUUCAAGUGUAAUUUCACUUGAUCCAGGUGGAACGGGAUCGACUGAACUAUGCCUGGCAUGGGAUAUGCCAAUUAUAAAAUAUAAGAAGGAUAAAAAAAUACAUAGAAGAUUUUAUACAAAAUAUUUUGGUAGUGACGGAAUAGCUGGUGCCAGCAUAGCCGCUUACGCGCUUAGAAAUUAUAAAAAUUGGGAAAAGCAAAUAUUGGAAUGGCAAGAUCCCAUACUGACUAAUAACAACAUACCAGACUGGUUAAAAAGUGCCUUAUUGAACGAGCUUUACUAUAUUGCCGAUGGGGGGACGAUAUGGUUUGAUGUACACGACGAGUAUCCAGACACCGAUCCGAGACAUGAAUUCGGUCUGUUCGGAUAUCUAGAGGGUCAUGAAUACAGAAUGUACAACACGUACGAUGUCCAUUUUUAUGCCUCUUUCGCUUUAUCGCAGCUGUGGCCUAAUUUGCAAGUAGUUUUACAAUACAUGUUCCGCGAUACCAUCGCCAUGGAGACUGACAAAUAUAGACAGUCGUUGUACGACGGAAAAUCGGUCAAAUAUAAAAUCAAAGAUUCUAUUCCGCACGACCUUGGUGAUCCAGAGGACUUGCCGUUCGGUCACAUCAACGCGUACAACAUCCACGACGUGAGCGACUGGAAGGACCUGAACGUGAAGUUCAUCCUGCAAGUGAUGCGCGACCACCGCGUGCUGCGCGGACACGCCGCGCCCUUCAGCGACGACAGGUACCGCACCAUGGCCUACAUCGACGACCUGCGCGACGGCGACGACGACCUCUACAUGCGCGCCACCGGCCAGCACGACCGCUCCGCCGAGCACACUCCCGCGCGCGACGCCGCCCCUCCCGCCGCCGCACCGCUCGCACCCGCCGCCGCACCGCCCGCUCCCGCCGCCGCACCGCUCGCACCCGCCGCUCCUGCGGCUCCCGCGGUGGGCGACAUUCUGGGCCUCCUGUACAGGGAGGAGGCGCCGACAGAGACUCCGGCUGCGGAGACGCGUGCGGCGCCGGCGCGCGUGUGGGACGCGUCGCGGUACCUGGCGGACAUGUACGGCGCCGCCGCCGCGCUGCUGCGCCGCGGCCUCGCCUGGGACCGCGACGGCGACGGGCUCAUCGAGAACGGCGGCUUCCCCGACCAGACGUUCGACGCGUGGGUCAUGACCGGACCUAGUGCAUACUGUGGCGGACUGUGGGUGGCGGCAGUGAACGCGGUGCGCACGAUGGCGCGGCUGCUGGGACACGAAGAGGAUGAGAAGGAGUUCACCAAGCUACUGGAAAAAGCACGUAGCUCGUUCGAGGAGAAACUGUGGACCGGCUCAUACUACCGGUUCGAUACACUACCCGCUAACGAAAACGUGGUUAUGGCGGAUCAACUCGCUGGACAAUGGUUCCUUCGUGCGUCAGGACUUACAGACCAACUAUUCCCCGAAGCCCACGUCCGCAAGGCAUUGAAGACGGUGUACGAAAACAACGUACUGCAGUUCAAAGGCGGCCGCAUGGGAGCCGUGAACGGCUUCGUGACCGGGCCCAGAGGACACAUCGACACCACGGCGCUACAGAGUGAGGAGAUGUGGACCGGCGUCACGUAUGGCCUCGCGUCGCUCAUGAUAUUUGAAGGAAUGCACGAGGAAGCGUUCACCACGGCCGGCGGUAUGUACAACACGCUGAUACAGAUGGGGCUCGCGUUCGAGACGCCCGAGGCGCUGUACGAGAACGGCAACCACCGCUCCAUCGGCUACAUGCGGCCGCUGGCCGUGUGGGGCAUGCACCAGGCGCUGCUGGCGCGCCCGCCGCCGCCCCGCCUCGCGCACGCGCACGCGCCCGCACGCAACGGACAGCCGCCGCGCCACGGCGUCUUAUAGUGCCGUCUGCGGUACACCUUAGUGCGAGCUAAUAUACAAAUAGCGAUAUUACAACGAGGUAGAUGAUAUUAGCUCGUUUUGGGGUGCCUGCAGGUCAAAGUGAAACGGGUCAGUUUUGUGUGCCGUGACAACUUGAAGUGGUUGACUGACUGCUUCCGUGUCUCUCUCGUACGCGGGGUCAGCUGUAUAUUCAUGCGGCGCCAUUGAUAACGACUGCUAUAAAUAAUGGAGACAACAAAUCCAUCCAAUUAACUGUAUGUGCCACUGCCCCCCAACCGACUCGUUUCGCCAGUUUACGUACACAGAACUAUAUUUAACUUGUGAGAUAUCGUACGUUGUGUGCGGCCGGUGUCAGGCCCCCACUUAUAUUUAUUAUCCAGUUACCAAUGAAUUUUUAGAUGAAUUAUUUUUCAUUACGAAAUGUUACAUUUUAUAUAAUAAAAUGCCUCAGAGGGAACUAGUACAAGUUUGCCUGUAUAGUGCGACGAUAUUGGAAUGUUGUAUGUUUAUUGCAACGUGUAAGUUAUGAUGAAUUUCGGAUUUCGGAAUCCGAGAGCAUAGAUGCAAUAAUUUUGUAACUUUUGUCACAAGUUUAACAUGUAAGUAAUUUACUAAUAUUGUGAUAUUUCAACGUUAAUGGUGGAAAUGUGAUGUUUACGCUAUAUCGCAUUUAUUUUGUAAUUAGACACUAAAUUGUUAUACCAAUGAAAUUGCAACUAAAGUAUUCAUUUUAUGUUUUUAAUUUAAAUUGUUAGUUAAUUACGCUUAUAUACAUUAACCAUAUUCAAUGAUGUUAAAUAUUGUCAUGGAAUGUUGAGCGAUUUAUUUAUUUUUAAAUUGAACAUGACUAAUGUUACUUAUUUGUCAAAAUAUUUUUUAUUUAGUUUGCCAUCAACAAACGGAUGCCAAAUACAUAUUGAAAAUUUCA